GUAUAUUUAUGGGCAGCACUUUUCACUGCGAUAACAUGUGUUUUCAACACGCACUUUGUUUUGUUUAAAUAACAAUAAACAAAGUCGUUGCAAUGGGUGUUCGCGGCUUGACCAGUUACAUAGCGCAACGUGCCGAGAUCUACCUGAAGCCGUACGAACUGCACAACACCUCUCUCGUCAUCGAUGGCGACAAUCUGGCCUGCAAUCUCUACAAAGAUGUGACCGGCAGCUAUUCGGCCUUUGGCGGGGAUUACGAUGAUUUCUACAGAGCUGUACUGCAGUUCUUCCGUGUGCUCGCCGAGUGUGAGAUACGUGCCUAUGUCCUCAUGGACGGCGGCUACGAGGAGCGCAAAUUGCGCACGGUCGGCAAGAGAUUGAGGGGAAAGAUCGCCGUUAUCAAGAAGAUAAAUCCAUGUGAUUCCAUUACACUCUUCCCGCUGCACCUGAAGGAGGUGUUCGUGGAUGCGGUGCGCGACUGCGGUGUGCCCGUCAUGCGCUGUGUCUUCGAGGCGGACGACGAACUGGCCGCCCUCGCCCGCAAGCUCAACUGCCCCGUGCUGUCCUACGACUCCGAUUUCUAUAUCCACAAUGUCAAGUAUAUUCCCCUGAUUACGCUGACGGUGAGAGUGCUCACGAAACGGCAGAAGGAGCAGCCGCGCGAUCGCAGCCUGCGCCGACACGAGGUCAAGCACGUGGCCAAGCGCACCAAGGCGAACAAAAUCCUCUCCGCCAUUACAACACCAACACCAACAGCAAAUGGAACUGCCAAAUCGGUGAAAUCUUUCAAGACUUAUAAAUACUUGGACUGCUGCAUUUAUCGCGUGGAACAUUUGUGUGGACGUGGCACACUCAGCGCCGAGAAGCUGCCCCUCUUCGCAGCGCUGCUGGGCAACGAUUAUAUAGCACGCUCUGCAUUCAGCAACUUCUUUGCAGUGGGAAUGGGCAAAGCGGGACGCAGCCGCAAGCUGAAGAAGCAACAGCGACGCAUUCGUAUCAUCCUGCAGUGGCUGCGCGAUCAAACGGCCGAGUCGGCGCUGGAAAAAGUGUUAUCCAGGCUGAAGAAGUCACAGCGCGAUUCCCUGGUAUCCCAAGUGCAGGCAGCCAUUUCAGGCUAUUCGAAUGAGCUGUGCCACGCCUAUGAUUUCUUUGACAGACACUACGAUAAUGCCUUUCCAUACUUUGAGCCAGCCAGCGAGCCAGAAGAUGAUGAUGGGGAGGAGGACGCCGCUGAUUUAACUGAGGGAAGCUCGGAAGAACAGGAAGAGGAGGAGGAGCAGCAGCAGCGAGAUGAUAAAGAUGGCGAAUCACAACAAAAAGAAGACAAUGCUAAUGAUGAUGAUGACGAUGAGGAGGAGGACGAGGAAGAGCAGAGCUUUGACGACACAAUUGAAGAUAAAACGCUGCUAUUUCCACAAUGGUUCCUUGACAAGCUCUAUCCCGCCACGCUCCCGCGCUACUUUGUGGAUCUGAUGCAUCUGCGCAAAUACAUCAACAACCCGCAAAUCGAGCAUUUUCCCUACCAUGAUGCGAAUGCCUUGGCGCUGCCCAUACUCAACUACAUCUUCGCCCUGCUACACCAUGUGGAAGGGAAAACGGAAACGGAGCGGCAGGUGGAUGCCCAGGGGCAACCUGUGCCCAUUGAGUUUACGUAUUUGACGCGGGCGCUGCGCGUGACGAACGUACGCUACUAUCGUCAGCUCAUUGAGAAAGCACCCGCCCAUCCCUUUGUGCCGUCCCAGCCGGAUGCAGUUCAUCUGCGCGCCGUCUUUGAGGCAUUUGUGCCGCAUACCAAUGUGACGCAGCUAUUCGAGCAAUUGGAGCUGCUGCCUUCGGAUUUGCAGCUUUAUUUUCUCGCCAUUGUCUACUGGCUGCACAGGUCGGAGCACUGCGACAUGCUCCACUUGCAUGCGCUGCUUAUCUGCCUCGUCGUGUUGCGCACUGUGGACGUGACCAUCCCAGCCGAGCGGGAUCCCAAGGACUUUCAGCAGCGCUUUGGCAAGAUCUUGAAGCAGGAGCGUGCGAAACGUGAUUCGGAGGCAGCCGAAGGUGUGAAGCGCGACAUCAAGCCCGCCCUCCUCGCGCUGCCUGUGCCGGAGCGCAUGGCACAUGUACCGAAGUCCGAUUGCUUCCUGGUGCAGGAGAAGCUCCUGCCACACUUUCACAUGCAGGAGAUCUUCAAGAAGAAAUACGAUUCGUACUCGACAAUCGUGCUGCACUCGUUCGCCGAGUUCCAGUCGGUGGUCUAUCAACUGAAUGGACUCAAUGCGCUGCUGGAUCAGCCCCUAAGCAGUCCACACAUGAAUCGCCUCUACUGCGGCGCCUUCAUCUAUAAUCUUUACGAUUUGUUGCGCAAUCGCAUCGAUGUGCGCUACCAUGUGGAGCACUUUCUCCUGGCGGAUUCCCGUCUCAUGUUCGACUUCUAUUGCUAUCUGUUUGAUUGGUGUGCGCCCUUCGUGCCCAGCUGGAAGCUGCACUCGGAGGUGGACCAGGCAGCAGUCAAGGCUGCGGAAAAGAAGCGCCUGAAGAAGCAGCGGCAGGCGGCACGCAAAGCGGCAGCUGCUGUGGAUCCAGCGGACCCGAAUGAAGAAAUGCUGAACAAAACGGACAACGAUGAUGACGAGUUUUUCGAUUUAAACAACAAAUUCUGUGGAUUAAAAGUUUAG